AAGUCCAGCACGUCUCCCGUGACUAAGAGCAGACGACAUGAAAUUGAUCGGGUUCCUGUGGGUUCUCUCUCUUUUUUGGGGGCAAGGCUCUUCGCUCUCCUGCACUGUCUGCCUGGCUCAGAAUGCGACGUUCUGCACUGGAAACAAUGUCACCUGCCCUCCCGGGAGAGUCUGCGGCUCCUCACGUACAGUCAAUAUGGAAGACGGAAUAAAGAAAAACGAAUUUUCCGGGCGAUCCUGUGUCCCUGAAGACCAAUGUCAGGGCCCUGGGAGUUUCAGCACCCACAACAGUCAGUCUAAAAAGGGCUUUUCAUGUUGUAACACAGAUAACUGUACGCCGCCUCCACCCGUAUUGCCGCCAGACAACACUACACCGAAUGGCCUGACCUGUCCAACCUGUACUGCAGAUGGUGUAGACUGGUGUGACACUGGGAGGACCAUGGGAUGUACUGGGGACGAGACCAUGUGUAUUCUACAGUAUUCAAAAAUGUCAGGUACACUGUCUCGAGACUCGGUCCUUCGCGGUUGUGCCACUCCGACCAUUUGCAAUAUUGGUAACCAGACAUUGGUCACUGAUGGCAUAAGCGUUGAGGUUCAGAUUUCUUGUACCGGAGGAUGUGGUGGUCUUCACUGUCAUUAUGUCUUAUAUAUCCUUGUAGGAUUCAUUUAUGUGUCUUAUGGGAUUUAUUGAUUUCUUGAACAACAGAUGGAAAAUUUUUGUUUAUUAUGGUCUUUUUGUAUUGUGUUUUUUUACUAUUUGCAUUCAGAGUAAAUAGUAACUUAUUUGAAGUACCAUUAUAACAACCCCAAAGAUAUUAUCCCUAGCACUGGAAUGGACCUCUUCAUAAUGAUUCCUCUCAGGGGCACCACCAGUAGACCUCGCCAUUAGCAUGCUGCAUAGGAGCACCACCACUGGACCUCUAUACCUCCAUCCCUCAUAGGAGUACCACCAAGAGACCUCUAUACCUCCAUCCGUCAUAGGAGUACCACCAAUAGACCUCUAUACCUCCAUUCCUCUUAGAGAGGAGAGGAAAAAAAAGGCAGAAUACGGCGCUAUAUAGUGCGGUUACUUCGGGUGUUAGCUCUAUACCUCUAUUUCUCAUUAGAGCACCACCAUUAAACCUCUAUACCUCCAUCCCUCACAGGAGCACCACUGUUGGACUUCUAUACCUCCAUUCCUCAUAGGAGCACCACCAUUAGACCUCUAUACCUCCAUCCCUCAUAGGAGCACCACCAUUAGACCUCUAUACCUCCAUCCCUCAUAGGAGCACCACCAUUAGACCUCUAUACCUCCAUCCCUCAUAGGAGCACCACCAUUGGACCUCUAUACCUCUAUUCUUCAUAGGAGCACAACCAUUGGUCCUCUAUACCUCCAUCCCUCAUAGGAGCACCACCAUUAGACCUCUAUACCUCCAUCCUUCAUAGGAGCACCACCAUUGGACCUCUAUACCUCUAUUCUUCAUAGGAGCACCACCAUUGGACCUCUAUACCUCCAUUCCUCAUAGGAGCACCACCAUUGGACCUCUAUACCUCCAUUCCUCAUAGGAGCACCACCAUUGGACCUCUAUACCUCCAUUCUUCAUAGGAGCACCACCAUUGGACCUCUAUACCUCCAUUCCUC